CAUGAUCCAUGAAACUGGUGAGGAAAUUCUGAUCAGUAAAACCGCAAUUCCAUUUCAUUAACUAAGCGCAAUGAACCGACUCUUUGCCGGGAACGUGACGACGACGAUGAGGAGGAGGCUGAUCGCCGCCGGCCGGUGCGUCGAAUCACUCUCCCCGUCGUCGGCUGCAGCGGUGGAUGGAUCGGCGAUGGCUACGAGGGCGCUCUGCUUUCCGUUGGGGAGCACGAGGAUGGUGAGCUCGUUCCCGGAUGUGAUUGCGCCGAAGUCGACGGAAAAGGGGAAGAGGGAUCAGAAGAAAGGCGGCGGCGGCGGAGAUGUGGUGGUUUCAAGCUAUUGGGGGGUGGUGCGACCUAAGGUCAUGAGAGAAGACGGCAGCGCGUGGCCGUGGAACUGUUUCAUGCCAUGGGAGACGUAUGAAGCAGACUUGUCCAUAGAUCUGCACAAGCGCCAUGUACCAAAGACGUUCACUGACAAAUUUGCACUCAGGACGGUGAAGCUGCUCAGAAUUCCAACGGAUCUGUUCUUUCGGAGACGAUACGGGUGUCGUGCUGUGAUGCUGGAAACUGUGGCGGCCGUUCCUGGUCUGGUUGGGGGAUUGCUUUUGCACCUCAAGUCUCUGCGCAAAUUUGAACAGAGUGGGGGCUGGAUCAAGGCGUUACUUGAAGAAGCCGAGAACGAGAGGAUGCACCUGAUGACCAUGGUGGAGCUUGUGAAGCCCAAGUGGUACGAGAGGCUACUGGUUCUUGCAGUCCAGGGAGUCUUCUUCAACUGUUUCUUUGUACUUUACCUCUCUUCCUCCAAAGUGGCACACCGAAUCGUGGGUUAUCUAGAAGAGGAGGCUAUACAUUCGUACACCGAGUUCCUGAAAGAUAUCGAGAGUGGGAAGAUCGAGAACGUCCCUGCUCCUGCCAUUGCAAUAGACUAUUGGAGGCUUCCAAAAGAUGCAACUCUUAAGGAUGUUAUUACAGUCAUUCGUGCCGAUGAAGCCCAUCACAGGGAUGUCAACCACUUCGCUUCUGAUAUCCGGGUGCAGGGGAAGGAAUUGAAGGAAGCACCAGCCCCUAUUGGUUACCACUGAUGAUAGAAUAUAUGCAAGUAGGACUGACUAUAUAUUAUAGUGAAAGGAGUAUGAAGCAUUCUCUUUCUUUCUUUUUUUUAGAUGGGAUUCUUUUAUUUAUAGGUCAAUGAAUAUAUCAUUUGUAUGUCACUAAUAAAAGCACUCCUUGCCU